UUUAAGCCAUGCAGUGACUUUUAAUGGACUUUUUAAAGGCAGAAUGCAUGGCAGGUCUCCUGUACUAUAGUCUGACUACGAUUGGUUUAAUUUGGAAUACAGUACUGGGAAAUGUUUUUGGUGUUAGUGCAGGUAACAAAACCUCAAUCCAUAAUUUCUCCUGUUUUACAUUCGACUGGGAGGAAUACGUCCUUUGCAGUUGGGAUUAUAAUACUCAAUUUUACAGUCCAAACGUCACCGUAAAAUGGCACCUUAUGGGUUCAUCAGCUCGGAACGACUGUCCAAAUUUAGGGAACAAAUCAUGUAAAUGGAUUAUUGACAAAGACAUUGACGUCUACAGUAAUUUCAAAGUGUGCAUCAAGAUAUAUCAGAGCAACGAACCUCAGUGCUAUCCAGUUGACAUUCCAAGUCUAGUUAAACCUAGUCCCAUUCGUCAAAUUGAUGUUCGUGCUGUUAACUCAACGUCUGCAACUCUUCAAUGGCCUAAUAACCGAAUACUAGUAUGUUAUAAUAAGUCAUUUCAAGUCAAUAUUAUGUGGAGUGGAAAAUUAGCAGCAAGGAUAACAUGUAAUGUAACAUCUUCACCGAGUCAAUGUUUAGCGAAUGAAAAUGUCAUUAUCUGUUCUUCAAACCAUACUAACUUGUCUAUAAACGGAUGUUCUAAUUAUACAACAAAUGGAUAUGGCGUUAUAUGUUCUUCAAAUAGUAUCAGCAUCACUAUAAACAGACUAUCGAAGUAUACAGAGUAUGGUGUAGUUAUUUACAGUAAGCCUUUGGUUAAAGGCUUCUGGAGCGAGGGGGGUUAUACCACUUUGACGACAUCUAAAGAUGUGCCAUCUACAUCACCAUUGAUUUAUGAUGGAUAUAAUUCUGUUCGAACUAAUAUGUCGUCCAGCGAACUAACCAUAACAGUAUACUGGAUGCCAUUGAAUGACGAAAACUGGAAUGGAGAAAACAUUUUAUUCAAAGUUGAAAUAUUUGCGAAUGAUAGUUUAAUCGAAAGUAAAGAAACAGAGGAAACUUUUGUCAGUUUUGAAACAAGUGGUAUUUUUCAACUUGCUAUUUUGGUAUGGUCAAAAAACGAAAUGGGAUUGUCGCAACAACAUUCCAGAUUAUUGGUAGGCAAAGGAGAUUUAAUACACAACCCUGUGAUGGUCGAAGUUAGUAACCAAAUGUAUAACAUCUCAUGGUUACCCUUAACCCAUAAACAUGGUAUGAAAUACUCGUUAUUUUGGUGUGAACAGGCAUUUAGUUUGGUCUGCAAGACGUCACCGCAAACGAUAGAAAUCAAUAUGACCUAUCGAGAGAUCUAUAUUCCAGCCAUCAAUCAGUCUGUGCAGUAUCUAAUAGGAGUAUCAUAUCAUUAUUUAAACCAAACGUCUGGGUUUGAAUGGUCAGAUUGUGUUUUUAUGGGCAACAGUUGGAAUUUGAAUUUAGAUGUUGUAUUUCGUCCCAUUUUGAAUCUCAAACAGCUUGAAGUGUAUUGGUACUUUGAAAAAUGUAAUUUACCAGAAGUAAAAAAUUUAGUAAAAUCUUAUGAAGUAACAGCAUGUGAAGACGAAUCAUGUGCAAAUUUUACAACCACGUUAUUAGACGGUACCAAAACAUCAUUAAGACUACCACUGAUGAAUAUUUGUAUACGCAUCACGCCUUAUACAGUUCACGGAAAGGGUGUUCCACAUAAGCGAUGUUAUAUAAAUGACGAAACAGCUUAUAUAACAGAAAGGAACUUAACUGCGUUCUACAUUGUAAGUGUGUCCGUUGCUGUAUUAUGCUGUCCUAUUGCUGUAAUAUAUCUGUGCAGAAAAUAUAAAAGAUGGAGUAAAGGUCUAACAGAUAUAGACACUACCACGGUUGUGCAAAGCACCAGCCGUGUAAUUUUGAAUGGACGGAUGCGUCAUGGCGAUAAUGGUUUCUCUGGUGUGCCACUUAUUUCUGAUGUUGUCUUUAAUGGAUUUAUAUCUUGUAAUCAGGUACAAGGAUCACUAUUGAGUGAAUCAUCCUCUACGUACCCGAACACCAUAUCGAAGUUAUUGUAUUUAUCGGUUACUCAGAAAGACACACCCGUAGCUAAUAUGUCAGAUUUUACCUCAGUUGAUGCUUCUGGUGAAACAUUGUGUUCACAAGUUACUUCGGAUAAAUCAAUAGAAUCAUACGUGGAUGCACAGCAAAUUCAACCAGGCUAUCCUCCAGCAUCUCAUCGUGUCUUACUUACAAAAGGGAAUUCAGACGCAUCGGAGACAAUUUGUUCAAAUGUAGCAAUGUCUUCUCUGCAAACUGAUGUAUGUGAUAACUUAUCGUUAUUACCUACAAAACAAUGUGCAUUUUCCACUUCAGAAAUAGACUCAUACGUUGUUGAGGGUAUUGUAUCAGAAAAUAAUUGUUUAAAAAGGGACCGAUCAGAGGCUAGUAGCUGUUUGAAUAAAAAUUGUUAUUCUGCAGGAGAUUUGCAAACAUUAAAUCUAGUAGGAAAGUUGCAAAUAAAUGGCGAAAAUAAUUAUUUAAAAGCUCAACUUAUAUCACCGGAAUCCUUUGCUGUUGAUUCAAACAGUGAUUACACACAAGAAACAAGUGACUGUUCAGAAGAGUUAAUGUAUUUGCCUCACAAUACAAUUGAAUUAUCUAUGGAAGUCCGAAAAGAUUCAGAAUUAUCAAAUCAAAGAGAAAGGGAUAUUUUAGAAAAUAGCCAAAUUUCCCCUCUAGCUGAUUUUUACUUUGAUAAUGAUAGUGUUACCGAAUCAGCUAACUUUUGUGUGCAGCAACAAAACACUGGUUUCAUAAAAGAGCUAAAAGAGCCUUUAAUGUCCACCCAUCCAAUCCCAAGGAAUUCAAAUUAUUCAUGA